AGUCCCAGUGUGACUCGUGAAUAACAACACGGGAUAAUAAACUUGCAUUUAAAACUUGCUUUCCAAAUUAUGUUGUUUGUUUUGAUUAGCAAUGUGUGUGUCUCAUUUAUCCAAGUAGCCCUAAUUAGCUUAAAAGCAUUAUUACAAUAAUUAUAACGAAAUAAAGGGCAUAGAUUAUUCACGUUCAUUAAAAUUAUGCUAAAUAGUGGGAAUAGUGACGUAUUACUCAUUAAAGUGUGUUUGUUUACAAGAUAGAUAAGUUACUAUAGUUCAAAUACUUCUCAUAAAGUUAGUAUUUCAACUGCGUUGUUGUACUGUGCAGUCCAGUCGUGUUGGUUGAUGUGAUCAUAGAGUUCAAAAUGGCAACUCUGCCGCGAGUGCAUAGUUCAAAGCAUGCAGCCUGUGGUGUACCGUCACCGUUUAGCACCAGUCCACGGAAACUUCAAGAAAUGUCGCUACCAGCACCCGAAGGGCAUGAUUUGACUAAUGCAAGUGGUAUAAGUAUGAAGCAGUACGAAGAACAGCUUAACGGUUUGCGCAAAGAAAACUUCCAUUUAAAGUUAAGAAUCUACUUCCUAGAAGAAAAGUUGGGUAGUGGAUCACCUCCGGCAGUGCAGGGCUUAUUGGAGCAUAAUGUAAGACUACAAGUAGAAGUGGAAGAACUCAGAAGGCAACUAUCAGAUAAGCAGGAGCUCCUUGCGGCCGCUGCGGAAGCUAUUGAUGUCUUAGAGCAACAGGGUUCGAUUUCUACGGAUAGUGUGGACGUAUCAAUAAAUAAUAAUGCUGCAAUCAAUAGAGAUGUCUCAGUUGCACAACAGGACUUGGGGAGAAAAGAAGAAACUGUUGACGACACAUGUCUGGAAUCAGAAUCAGCUGGGUAUGUAUAUACUAUGUUAUCGUUUUCUUUCACUUUUUCAUUUUAUUUAUGAGUACAAGGCUAAUUA